AUGGAUACAUGUGCUCUAUUCCCCUACGACACUGCAGAUCCAUCAUUCCCAUCCCCGCACACAUUCUUCUCUCCCGCCGCUCACACCUCCGGCGCCCCUCAAAACCCUAAGAAAAUACCUAUAAAAAAACUCUAAAACCCAAAUCCCUCAAUCCAACCCCAACCAGCCCAAUGCCAAACCUACCAACCCUCACCUCAACCCUAACCUCCACCGCCGCCGAACUCACCCACCGCUUCCUCCGCAUCCUCAUCUUCCAAAUCCUCUCCUCCUCCCCUCUCCCCCGCCACAUCUCCUUCAUCCUCGACGGCAACCGCCGCUACGCCCGCAAACUCUCCAUCCUCCCCGAGGAAGCCCACCGCAUUGGCUUCCUCAACGUCGUCCGCAUCCUCCGCUACUGCGCCGAACUCGGCAUCCCUUUCGUCUCCAUCUUUGCUUUCUCCAUUGACAACUUCCGCCGCACUUUCCAGGAGAUCCAAUUCCUAAAAUCCCUCAUCCGCGAGAAACUCAGAGCCCUCCACAACGACAUCUCCGUCAUCAACGAGGCGGGCAUCCGCAUCCAUUUCGUCGGCGAUCUGAGCUUGAUCGAGGAGGACAUAAGGGACCUCGCGCGCAAAGCAGAGGAGAGGACUAAAGGGAACGAUCGGCUAGAUUUACUGGUAUGUCUUUCGUAUUCGUCUAAGUAUGAGGUGGUGAAAGGGGUGAGCGGGGCGUGUGAGGAGAAGAAGGAGGGUGGGGUUACGGUGGCGGAUGUGGAGAAGGGGAUGUUUAUGGCGAGGUAUCCGGAGCCGGAUUUGCUGGUGAGGACGUCGGGGGAGUGGAGGAUGAGUAACUUCUUUCUGUGGCAGAGCGGGGCUUGUAUGCUUUAUGCGCCGGCAUGUAUGUGGCCGGAGUUCUCGCUGCGUCAUCUUGUUUAUGCUGUGGUGAAGUAUCAGGGGGGAGGAGGUUACCUUAGGGAUGUAAGGGUUAAGAUAUGGGAGUUUGAGAAGAUGAUGGGGUGACGGUCGUAUUGGGAGGCUUCUGGUUCGUUGGAUUCGGAUUGGAUGGCUAGGAUUUGUGGUUUAGAAUAAGAAUUGAGUUGCGUGCAAUAAAUAGGGAUGGAGUAUCCAAUAAAAUGCUUAUUAUACGCAUGAUUAUCUUGGGCUAUAGCUCUAAUUUCGUCUUUUAAAGUUCUAAAAUUAGAAGUUGGAUUGAGGUUUUGUUGUUUAUUGGCCAAAUUAUAGAAGGGAGAAUGCAAAUAUAUUGAUUUUGAGGGAGGAAUUUGAAAAAAAAAAAAAUU